AUGGCCUCCCUUGCCCGCUUCGUCGACAAGUUCCGCUACUCGCGCCUGGGUCCUGGCGAUGAAGAGCAGGGCACCACCCUGGUCAAGGUCAACUUCAUGCAGCUGCUGACCUCCAAGGCCGUGCGCGCCAUCGCCAUCAUCUCGCUCAUGCUGCUUGCCAUCAUCGGUCUCUUUAAGCUGCCCACCGCCAAUUUCGGUCGUUUCCGCCCCUCCAGCAGCUCGACGACUUCGUCCUCUGCGUCCUCGUCGCCGUCGCCGCCAUCGUCCUCAUACGACGGCAGUCGGCCCGACCUGUUGAGCGGCAUUGACUGGUCGCGCUUCGCCUAUGUGCAGUACGUCACCAACACGGCCUAUCUGUGCAACUCCGUCAUGCUCUUCGAGACCCUGCACCGCCUGGGCAGUAAAGCCGAUCGCCUCAUGAUGUAUCCCUCGUCCUAUGAGGUUGAUGGCUCCAAUUCGGAGGAGAGCAAGCUGCUCCGGAAGGCGCGGGACCAGUAUGGCGUCAAGCUGAUGCCCAUCGAGAUCCAGCGCCGGGCGAGCGGCGAUGCCACCUGGGCCGAGAGCUACACCAAGCUGCUGGCUUUCAACCAGACCCAGUAUGCCCGUGUGUUGAGUCUGGACUCGGACUCGACUGUUCUGCAGACCAUGGACGAACUCUUCCUGGCCCCCUCUGCUCCCGUUGCCAUGCCCCGUGCAUACUGGCUCAACUUUGACGAACGCACUCUGAGCUCGCAAGUCGUCCUGAUCGAACCCUCCGAGUUUGAGUUCAACCGCGUGAUGAAAGCGAUGAACGAAGCUAAAUCGAACGAUUACGACAUGGAGAUCGUGAACUACCUGUACAAAGACAGCGCACUGAUCUUGCCACACCGGCCGUACGACCUGCUGACCGGUGAGUUCCGGUCCGACAAUCAUAGCGCUUACCUGGGCAAUUCGGAGGAAGCGUGGGAUCCGGACAAGAUUCUCAAGGAGGCCAAGUUCCUCCACUUUUCCGACUGGCCUGUGCCAAAGCCCUGGCUGACGGCCAGUCCGGCCGUUAUCCAAGAGAAGCAGCCGAAGUGCGAGAAGAACCCGACGACGGGCGAGGAAGACAACUGCCGGAACCGUGAUCUGUGGCUAGGAUUUUAUAGCGACUUUAAGAAGCGACGACAGGUCAGUGAUCCCCCUCAUUUUACUGCUGACAGACAGACUGACGGGUAUUAG